AUUAUGAGAGGUGCUAAGAAGGGUCGCUGGGACUCUAUGCGGUUCUAUCGACUUGGUCAUAUGAAGCAUGGGAAAGAGAAGCAAGGAUUCCGUCGGAUUGGGCCUAGCUUCCGGUAUUGGUAUGAGAUGAAGGACUGGUUGGAUAAGUUGAUAAUCUAUCAGAGGAUUGAAGGGCCUUUAAAUAGAAUGAAGGAAGUCCAACAGUAUGCGGAGGAGAUAGUGUUCCAUGCUAGAAGGAAUACGCCAUAUUCUACCCAGAUAGUUGAGUCGAUGCUGAGGUCGGCGGAAGCUAGGCAGAUUCUUUAUGAAUAUUUAGUACCGAGAUAUAAAGAUCGGCCUUAUUUUGUGACUAGGAUGUUGAAUCCAUUCUAUUUGAGGUAUUAUGAUGCACAGCAGAGAGGCUAUCUCGAGUUUAUCGAUUGGCCCGGGGAAUUCCGAGCGGCUAACCCUGUGGGUGAGGGGAGGAAGAAGAGGGUUGCCAUCGAGUUUGAUGCCUCCAGAAAAGGUCGGCGGAAGCAUCUUGUGGAAGCCCGUGUACUGGGAAUAGUUAACGAGGCGGAUCCUCGUUUUCUUACAGCAGAGGCAUAUGAUAAAUAUGUCCGAACGGCGAGGGAGGGGGAGCAUACUGCAUUGGAGGCGACACAAGGGGAGGAUGAAUGAGGCAUGCUCUUGGUGAUGGUUUCUGU